AUGUCUGGAUUCAGUUCACUUUUCAAUCUGCUGCUCGAAGCAACAGACCAGAUAAGUUUUUAUUACGCUGUGUAUGUCAAGUACAAAGAAAUACAAUGGAAGAGCGCACCAGUUCUUUUGUUGAGCUCAAGAGUGAUACACCCAAAAGUCGAGGAAGCUUUCGUCCAUCUUAUAGUAAUUUUGAAACCGUAUACUGAUGACGAUGCAAAUGAAACAAUUUUGCGUGCAAAUGCGCCACCAAAUUACACUGGUGGCUUUAAUGACAUCAUGAAGCAAAUUAAAGCACGAAAUUAUUAUACGCAACAAUUUCAGCGGAUCCAACAACAGACGAAUAUGGGACGUUCUCUUUAUUUUUCGAAUGUUGCUCCAACGUUCUACGAAGAGAAUUAUCUUGCGAUUACACAGGAGACGUCGGUAUCACGAGUGCGUGCAUGUUUUUUUAUUGGUUUUGUUGGUCUUACAACGCUCUAUGUGAAUGAGUGGCAAUCAAAUAAAUGGGCACCAUCGGACGUAAAUGGGCGCUCGAAACAAGAUGAGACAACUAUCAUGACUCUUACAUUUGGGGUGAUGUUGCCCAGUUUCUUACUCGGAUUUCUUGCCACGUUUACAACCCUUGGUCGAAAAUAUCUGGAAAAUGUCACGGCCUGUGUAUUUGUGGUUGUUGCGGCCAUGAUGAUAGCUAAGAAACCCGUGGAAAAGAUUCGUGGACCUAUCAUUCCGCUGCUUAUUCUUCUCAUUCCGAUCUUUGGUAUCACUCGAAUGCGUUACGUGAAAUCGUGCUGUAUUGGAUGGUCCAUUUUCUUUAGCUAUCUCGUUGUGAUGAUGAGUGUUCGCAAUACUUUGCCUCAACCUUCACUUUUUGACUCAUUUACUGACAUUUCGUAUCAAGCAAUUAAUUAUGGUAUCACAGCAAUUGGAGGUAUGGUUUCACAAUAUCGGCAAGAAUUAUUGCGUCGACGCAAUUUUUGUUUGCAAUUGCCAUUUUCAGGUACUAUGGAUGCUGAUGCUGUGGAAGAGAUUAAAACUGACAAAUUCAGUAAAGAAACGUUAAUGCAUCGUUUGUCGUUAAAAUUUCGUCAUCCUGAAGUUGAAGAAUGUUUUUAUCGGUACUGGUAUCUCAUUGAUCCAUUUCCGUAUGAAAACCCAAAUUCAGGUUCAUUACAUCAAGGAGUUUUUCGUACAAUUCGUUUUGCAAUUUGGACCUUAUUGCUCAAUCAAUUGGUUUUAUUACUUCAAGACAUUAAAUUUCUAAAAGUCAACAAAGAUGAACUUGUGGAUGAUGGUGAUUUAACGUAUGCACUUGUGCUUCGAUUUGGUGUCACUGUUCCAUUAUAUUUUUCCGCUGCUUUAUUCAUGUAUUUCUUAGGAAAAGCAUUUUAUGCACGUUGGGUAAAAGAAGCUGAAGAAGCAAAAAAUGCUGCAUUAACGAGAGAUUCAAUGGUUAUUAUUAGUCUAAAUCACAAGAGUCAAGUAUCAAUUGAAGCAGAUCAAUCAACUCAAGCUACAGUACGAAUGAAAGGAGUGGUUGAAGCAGCUCAAGUUCAAUAUGCAACUCGAGAUCGAGUGCUGGAUAUUCUUAUCAACAAAGGAGGUUACGUGCGUUCAACUCAAAUUUUUUCAUCUAUUGUCAUUGCGUGUCAUGUGUGUUGUAUGGGAAUUUUACUACUUGCUGUAUCCACGGGUCCAAAAGUUGAUGCAUACGAAAAAGCGAAUCUAAAGUCGCCUGGACAACCAAAACCUGUGUAUUAUAUGGGUUUUUUAAACGCAGUUUUAUUCGCCCAUCGCUCAGGUUUUCGUGUACGUUUCAUCUACGCAACAUCAACAACUUUUAUUGUUGCAUUAGGCAUUAUUAUUGCUGCAAGUAACCUCUCACCAGCUUAUUAUCAACAAUAUGCUGGCUAUAUGUCGGUAAUUUUUUUAAUGGGGAUGAUGAUCUCAUAUGAAGAAGAAAGUCUUCGUCGUACAUUUUUCGUUCUCAAAUCAAUUCGUACAUUGGAAUUUGACGAGUGGUUUGGGGUUGUUUUACGUAUCCAAAGUUGGGUGAAAGAACGUUUUCGCAAAAAGUUGCAAGAUGUACGUUCUAAAGGAAGUAAAAGUUUUGACAAGACAUUGACAGCAGAACCAAUGAUUCCACUUAUUAAUACAUCGGCACAAAUGGCUUAUGCUUCAAGACUUGGAAUGUACUCGCAGAUGUUUAACAUCAUUAUUGCUGUAGCAGAUGUGAUUACUAGUAGUCUAUAG